AUGGCAGGGGAGACAAACAGUGGAGUUCUGCUGCUGGGGUGGGCGACUGUAACAGGCCCAAGCCACGUUAAUUCAAAACCAAACAAGGAAGAAUGUGGUGUGAAACAGGGUAGUCGGUGGAUGAUCGUAAUUGACUGUCUGCACCCCUUGACUGGCCCGGCGCAUGGUCGUGCUGCGCCAGCUUGCAAAAGGUUAGGGCCGGAUGAUGGCCAUAGCUUCUUUCCACAUGGCAUGGCUGCAGUUUCAGCCGAGAAUGAGCGAGACAAGCGAGAUAUCCGUAGUGGAUCACAUCACAUUCGGGGUGGCUUUGUGUAA